UGAUUAUUGAAACUGACACAUGUGAUGCCCAUAUGAUCCUGUGUUUUUACCUGUACAGGUGACUUUUCUACCUUCCCGACAAUGGCUUCGGACUUGGAGGAAGGCGCAGUGUUGUCAGACGUCCAUAUCGAUGUCCAUCCUUCCAAUCAGAAGUCCCACGGUGAGUUCACCCUUACCGUCUUCAACUUUACUGUCCCACAAUCUGACAACAACUCCAGCGAUUCUGAAGAUGAUUCAGAUUCUGAAGAAAUACGCGAACCAGAGGCAAAGUGUUUAAGAACUGCGGAAGAAACAGUAUGUGUGGAUGAAGAUGGCGAUUUGGUCUUACAAAGACGUAAAACAAAUUGUACAGAAAUGGAAGUCCAUAUCCAGCAUGCAAUGGCUACUCCACUAGACACAGUAGGACUACAAGUUUGGAGAGGGGCACUUCUAAUGUGUGACUUUAUUCUACACAACCAAGAUGUCUUCAAGUCUCACAGUAUCUUAGAGCUCGGAGGGGGCGUUGGUCUUGUGAGCAUCGUAGCUGGAGCUGUGGGGGCCUCCAAAGUCUACUGUACUGAUAUCGGAGACAGGCUUCUAGAACUAUGCAGGGAAAACGUCUCAAGAAAUGAGCACUUGUUCCAGCCACUCAGUGCUAGUGACAAGAAAGUGGUUGUUAAGAGGUUAGAUUGGUUGGAAGAAGAAUUCCAAAAAGUUGAUGAAACAGAAAAAAGUUGUGUGAAGUCACUGUCAGAGUGGACUAAAGCAGAUCUUGAGGAUUUAGAAAAAAAUGUUGACAUCAUACUCGCGGCAGAUGUUGCAUAUGAUAAUGAACUAACAGACGGGUUCUUUAAAUCGGUGUUUAAUCUCAUUACUUGUGGACAACCGAAGACACUGUAUGUAGCACUUGAGCGCAGGUAUAACUUCACCCUUGAGGACUUAGAUGUCACUUGUAAGUCUUACGAUCAUUUCAGAAAGUGCCUAUGUGAUCUAGAGGGUGUGUAUGAGUGUAUAGAAGAGUCAGCAGACAGUGAGUCAAGUUCUCAGGCAAAAAUACAAAGCUCUGAGUGGUCCAAGAUUACAGAGAGUCAGAAGGAAGAAAUAGGAAGAAAGGAACAUAGGGCAGAACCUAUAAGAUUUCUGGAGGUGAAAUCUGAACAAGUCUCAACAGACUUUCCUCAGUACUCUGACUACACAAGGGUGAAAGAGCUGGAACUCUGGAAAGUCAGCUCCAAAUUUCUCUCCUUAGAUUCUUAGUUUUUUAUUACCUGUCAUCAGUAGGACUCUAAAAUGAUUAUAAGCCAACCAAUCACUUAGAAGCUAGCUGCUUUGUCAGUAG